AUGAGCACACCAAUACAGCCGUAUGCAUUGCUACGCAACAUUGUCGCCUCUGCAAGGACAAAUUCCGUCAUAGCACGACCAUUCGCAUCCCAUUGUCGACCCUCGUCUACGAAGCCACAUCUUGCACGCAAGCUCCAAUGUAUCGACAAGAGACAAUGGAGCUCUUCGGCAUGGAGAGCUGCAUCUACACCCGGUCGCAAUGAUGCCGAAGCAAAGGACGACAAGACGAAAGCUGCCGAAGCUCAAAAGCCGGAUGAGAGAUUCUACAUGCCGCCGCCGCCCGAGCAUCUACAGCAAAGGAUCGAUGCUGCCAUUCUGGAUGCUGCGAGGUCUGCUGCCCCUGUUCGCCCUCCGCCCAGCCCCAAGCCCCAGGUAGCGCCAGGACCGAAGCCUACACCAAUGGUGGAAGAGCAGCCUGUUGAACCAGAAGCUGCGACUACAGCGCCAGAAACACUGCAAGAGACUCAAAACGAGACUUCAGCGGAAGUGUCUGCUGAGGAAGACAUUCUAAAAGCAGAGGCAGAGGCCAAAGCAGAUGAUAUUGCCAAAGAGGCCGCUGCUACAGAGGAAGCACUACCUUCGAAACAUCGGGAGCAAAGAUGGCAAUUGUCCAAGCGAGUACAGGAACGCAUGGAUGAGUUGCUCGCAAAGGCCGCACUUGUCAGUCACACAGUCAACAACUACACCGGCACAGACUACUCUGGCAUCGAACGCUUGCGCCGAGACAUAAUCGAUCAAGGUAAUUCCCUGCUCACACACGUCUACGAUCCUUGGAGUCCAUCUGACAAGAUCCCAGAGCAACUAGUCAAAGCCGCCCACGCCGAAGUCAACACAGCAAAACUCGCCUACACAACCUCCUACAGCCAACAAGCCGCCUCCCAAAAAGAAGUCGUCGGCCUCCUCGAACGCAAACACUCCUGGUCCGCCGCAGACCUCGAACGCUACAUGUCCCUAAUCCGCUCCGAGCACCUCAACGAACAAGCCGUACAAGCAGCGAAAGAACACCUCGCAAACGCCGAACGCGAACUCGAAGAUGCGCGAGGAAAGCUGGAGAAGAAGGAACGUAAACAAUAUCACGAAGAGCAAAUUUGGAGUGAUACGAUAAGGAGGAACAGUACGUGGGUUACGUUUGGCCUUAUGGGGUUGAAUAUCUUUUUGCUGUUGGCUAAUUUGGUCAUAUUUGAGCCGUGGAGGAGGAGGAGAAUUGUGAGGGAGAUCAAGACUGCUCUGGAUGAAAAGACAAGCAUGGCACCCUCAUCGCUUGCUCCUGCUGUGGAAGCAGAGGUGGACAAAGUCAUCGAGCCUGCCGAUCAAGCACUGGAGAAGCUGGAAGAGCAGGUUGUCGAGAGAGUCGAGGCUGCAGCAGAAGCCAUGCCAGAGACGGCAACAGAAGUGGCACCCGAUGCCCAACCCGAAGCAAUGGCCGACAGCGAAGUGGUGGUCGGAGAGACGGCCUUGGCAGCUGGUGAGGUCCUUCCGGAAGAAGCAGUCGAGAUCAGCGACCCCGUCGCCGAGAGCAACGAAGCCGCAGAAGAAGCAAUCGAAGAGCCGACACAACGACCAGAGCCCCAGAAUUGGGAAGAGAGAUUCAAUCUCUGGAAGGAGAUCCUAUCGGCUAAGCUCGCCCUCUACAAAGCUAGAUUGCAAGACCUCUUCUCCGAGCGACAAGUCACAGUCAAGAAGAUUGAUGUGACGACGAUAGCUCUCGAGGGCGCUGCAGCGGGUGUGGCAGUAGUCGGGCUCCUGUGGGCGCUGCUCAAUACCCGAUCAUGA